GCUCAAAUUAUUAAACAUCAUAUGUGGCGAGAUAUGUAAUCUAACAAACCUAUGAAUUAUCUACGAGCGAAUGAUAAGCUAUUAAUCGAUUCACUCAGGAAGUUUCUAAUUGAGGUGGCUCGCUAGCCAUAUUGUCGAGUUGAAGUAAGAAAGCCAUCGAGUCGAGAUGGCUCACGAGUCUUGGGAGCUGAACAGGACUUAACUCAACCUUGGCUCGAUAGUAAAUGAGUCGAGUGUUGAACGAGUUUUCCAGAGACAAACACUGAACCACUCGUGAGCAUCUUGCCUCAUUCAACCCUAUAUGGAAUAAGUAAUGGAUAAGACUAUGGCAUAUAAGAAUGUGGAUGUAUGGAGAAAUUAUUUGUGCUUAUCGUUUUCUCAUGGGAUUUUGAUUUUGAUAAAGGAUUUUGGUCCAAAAUCCCACACCCAUGGGAUUAUGCUCAAAGUUCAUGUUUGGUGCUAAACUGGUGUUGGAUUAUGGCUUUUGGGACCAAAGUUUCACCCAUUUAGGGGACCAACAUAAUAUCUUAGGUUGCAUAUAUCCACAUCCUCCCCAACCUACGAUAGCAUAACUAUAAUAUAAAUUAUUUAGUAUAUAGAUUAACUAAAAUAAUUAUAACAACAACAAAAAUUUGAUAAAACCAGUAUGUACUGCUUGAUAGUCAUCAUAAUAAAUACUCUCUUCUUCGAAAAUAUCAGCCAUUUUUGCAGGUAGCCGAACAGAGAUUCGACGGGUUUUGUAGGAAAAACCAAAGAAAUGUUUUUUUAUGACAAUUCGGACUUAGCCGCAACCAACAUACCACUAUUUCCUAGAAUUUUGGGCGGAGAGGGGGAUGUAUAGGGAGAUAAUCUUAGAGAGAGAAAGAAGAAUGAGUUUUGGUGCGAAGAAUGAAGGAGGAGGGAGAGGUUUAUAUAGGAUUCAGACUGCCUGCUGGGAGGCAGUAUUGUAAUUUUGCAAACACAAAAACUGCCUCUCCAACCAUGGUUUACGUUUUCCCAGGCCAGAACCGCUCCCUCCCCUUGCGGUUCUCGAUCCGUGACACGGAUCGCUCACGGUCCGCCCUUGGAUCGCUUCCUAAUCCGACGGUUCAGCGGACCGCCGCUUCCUUAGGCGGUUUGUUGGCUGCCCUAGCUUUGAUCGCUGCUUCCCCACGCGUUUCUUUAGUAAAACCGCGCCUUCAUUAUAUUGAUAUACAUUUGUAUAUGGUAGAGGGUGGUGUUCUGCUCUUGGUGAUGGCCAAAGAGAUGGGAGUCGAAAUGAAUGGUACAAAGGGAGGAGUGGUCAUUUAAUACAACGUACACCAAAAAUUGUUCAUAAAAAUCGAAACAAAUUAUUAAGAAUAAAAUUGUAAAUUCAACCUUUAACUAAUAAAUUUCAAGAACACAAAUUCAAUAUGAAAUCCAACAAACAAAAAAACACUUUUUUAAAUUCUAACACAAAUUCAAUAUGACAAAGUCCCACAUAAUUCUCCAAUCAUAAAAUCUAGGGUUUUACCCAAAUCCUUCAUUUUGAAAAAUCCUACAAAAAAAACAACUUCUUAUAUUCGUUAACCAUGGGUGCACAUACACCUACAAGUACAUGUGUUAAGUUGAUUUCUCUCUUCCAUCACCUGGUGGGUUUUUUCGGGUUCGAAAAACUCAAUCCAAUCCAACCCCAUCAUCACCCCUAGCUAGGAUAGUAGGAUAUGAAAUUAGGUAGCACAUGGCUAAAUAUGUAAACCCCUUUAUGUGGUCACCCAAUUAAGCAAUUAAUCGUAUAACUAUUAUUAGCUAUGAAAGACCAUCAUAUUUACACUUCGAUGGCUCAUGACGCAACAACGGGAGGUUAUUUUAGAUCGUGUUUAUAGCCAAGCGAACUUUGUAGAUGACUAUUUAGAGCUUCGUUUGAACAUUAUUUGUCAAUGGCAGAACAUAUAUUUAAUUCACCUAGUAAUUUCAUAGGAUACUGGUUGUAUUUUUAAUAAACUUGGAAUUGAAAC